CCCGCGCCGGGCGGAUGUGCCUGCGGGACGGCGCUGCUCGGGCGCGCUGCGCUCCGCCAGGCCCGGCCUCUCUGAGGAGCGGCGGGCCGUGCCGGGCUGGUGAAAAUGGCUGAAAAUGGAGAUGGUGAAAACAUGUCUGUUUUGGAAAGCAAAAUCUGUCAGCAAAUUGAGUACUAUUUUGGCAAUCACAAUCUACCACGAGACAAGUUCCUAAAGGAACAGAUCAAACUAGAUGAUGGCUGGGUGCCUUUAGAAGUAAUGAUCAAAUUCAACAGGUUAAGUCGCCUUUCAAAAGAUUUUAGUGUUAUUGUAGAAGCACUAAGAAAAUCCAAGACUGGUUUAAUGGAAAUAAAUGAAGACAAAACUAAAAUCAGAAGAUCUCCAAACAAACCCCUUCCUGAAUUAAAUGACCAGUAUAAGGCUGCAAUUAAAAACAGAUCUGUGUAUGUUAAAGGCUUUCCACUAGAUGCAACUCUUGAUGAUAUCAAGGAAUGGCUUGAGGAUAAAGGUCCAGUUGAAAACAUUCAAAUGAGAAGAACAUUGCAGAGAACAUUUAAGGGCUCAAUAUUUGCAGUUUUUGAUAGCGUUGAAUCUGCUAAGAAGUUCACAGAGAUCCCAAACCAAAAGUACAAAGACACAGAGCUGAUAGUACUUUUCAAGGAGGAGUAUUGUACAAAGAAGAACGAAGAAAGGAGACAAAACAAAGUAGAAGCUAAAGCAAGAGCUAAACAGGAAAAAGAAGAAAAACAGAAACAAGCAGCAGAUGCUGAAAUGGAAAGGAGUCUCAAGUUCCACCUAAAUGUCAUAAAGUCUCUGGAAGAAAAGACAGGAUGUCUUUUGAAGUUUUUUGGUGAUCUAGAUGAUCAAACAUGCAGAGAAGAUCUCCAUGAUGUAUUUUCUGAUCACGGAGAAAUCAAAUGGAUACACUUUGUCAGAGGUGCAAAGGAGGGAAUUAUCCUAUUUAAGGAUAUUGCAAAAGAAGCUCUGGGAAAAGCCAAAGAAGCACAUAACGGAAACUUACAGCUUCGGAACAAGGAUGUUACAUGGGAAGUGCUAGAAGGAGAUGCAGAGAAAGAAGCUCUGAAAAAAAUAUUGGAAGAUCAGCAAGAAUUGCUGAAACAGAAAACAAAAGGACGCAAAAUUAAAGGAAAAGGAAGAGGGGGAAAGAUACCUCAAGGUGCACACAAAGGAAAAGUACAGUUUCAGGGCAAGAAAAUAAAGUUUGAGCAUGAAGAAGGUGGUGAAGAUGAUACUAAAACAGAACCAGCAAGUCCCAAGAAGAGACCACUAGAGGAAAUGGAAAAAGAAGAACCUGCACCAAAACAACUGAAAACAGAAAACGGAGAUGGAGAUCAGUAAUACUAAAAUAAAUAAAUAAAAAAAAUCAUUGUUUUUAUUGUUCCAUUUUCAAUAGGUUUUAAAGACAUGCCUCAGUUCAGGAGUUUCUUGGCAGAAAAUCUAAUGAAAUCCACUUCAAUGUCAACCUACAAUGAGAGGAAAGCUUCAUUUUGUUGGGUUACAGCUUUUUUUUGUUUGUUUGUUUAAGAAGCAUGCUUACUCUUAACAUACCACCCUGGAAAACUUUUAUAUUUAUAGUUUUGUUUAUAUUGUCAAAUCCUCUCAACUUCUGUGGCACCUCAUUCAAAUGUAAAAGGUUCUGGACUUUGUAAUCUUGCAGUUAUGUUAAAUAGCAGCUGCCAAUAAAUUCAGAACUUAAAACUG